AUGUCCACCAGCAGCAGCACCAAAAACACCAUCACCGUGCGACACUCCCGCGUCACAGAGGUGCAAGAGGGCCACAUACAAGAACUACGAGCCGUCGUAUCGUCCCACGGCGUCCCCAUCCGGUACGUGGACGCCAAGAGCGCCACCUCGGACCAGCAGGUGCUGGCCGAGCUGGGCUACAAAGAAGAACUGCAACGUGAGUUCUCGCCGCUCCAGAUCUUCGGUGUCGCGUUCUCCAUCAUGGGCCUGCUGCCGUCGAUCGCGUCGACCCUCGACGGAGGGCUCUCUGCAGGCCCCGUCGGCCUCAACUGGGGGUGGUUCGUCGCAGGCAUCCUGAUCCUCUCCAUCGGCGUCGCCCUCGCAGAACUCUCGUCGUCCAUCCCCACCGCCGGCGCCGUCUACGUCUCCUGCUACCAGUGGGCCCCAGCCCGCGUACGCAAAUGCAUCUCCUACUCCGUCGGGUUCCUCGACACACUGGCGCUGAGCGCCAGUGUGUGCUCCAUCGUGUACGGGCUCGCCCAGCAGAUCCUGUCUGCCGUGGUGGUGUCGAACCCGGACUUCGAGGUCACCAACCCGAUCAGCUACGGCGUGUUCGCCGCGUGCAUCGUCGUGAUGACCAUGCUGACGUCCAUGACCUCCAAGUUCACGUCCAGGCUGCAGACCGUGUCGAUCGUGGCCAACUGCUUCGUGAUCGCCCUGCUCUUCAUCGUUUUGCCCAUCGGCGUCAAGCGUUCUGCCAAGCUCAACUACAGCUUCAACGACGCCAAAUUCAUCUUUGGCAAAGUCGACAACCUCAGCUCCUGGAACACCGGCUGGAACUGGUGCAUCGCAGGCAUGAUGCCUGCCAUCUGGACCAUUGGAGCUUACGACUCGUGUCUGCACAUGGCGGAAGAGGCCCGCGACGCGCCCAAAGCCGUUCCUAUCGGUAUCGUGGGCUCCAUUUCCGUGUGUUGGAUCCUGGGCUGGCUCGUGUGUAUCGUGUUGCUCGCCUGCAUGGACCCAGACGUCGACAACAUCGUCAACUCCGCGUACGGCCAAGGUAUCACCCAGAUCUUCUACGACGCUUUGGGCAAAAGAUGGACCCUUGGCUUUCUGUCGCUCUUGAUCAUCUGUCAGUUCUUGAUGGGUGCUUCCACCGUGGUGGCCAACUCCAGACAGUUUUGGGCCUUUGCCAGAGACGACGCCAUCCCACUAAGCACAUUUUUCAAAAAAGUUGACAAAAGAACCGCAGUUCCUAUUCGCGCCGUUUGGGGGUCUAGUGGUCUGGCUUUGGCUCUAGGAUGCUUGUGUUUUGCUGGCGAUACCGCUUCUGGAGCUCUGUUCAGUUUGUCGGUUGCUGGUAUGUACAUGGCGCUGAUCUUCCCCAUCACUUUGCGACUCACAUACGGCAGAAAAGAUUUCAGACCGGGUCCAUUUUACCUGGGAGAUUUCUGGUCCCCCAUCGUGAACUGGUUCGCCGUUCUCUCCCAAGCGUUCAUCAUCAUUAUGAUGAUGUUCCCCUACGACAAAGGUGUCGCUCCGGACUCCAUGAACUAUACCGUGGUAAUUGGUCCCGGCUUCUGGGCCAUCAGUUUAAUAUACUACUUCCUGCAUCAACGCAAAUAUUACGAAGGUCCAAAGUCGAACUUGACCGACGAAGAGUUCCGCGAGUGCGUUGGUGAGGACGUUAUUGAUGCAAUUAUGUCCCAAAACGCGGAAACCAUCAAAAACCGAAUGGUUUAA